CUGUGAUCGCAGCCUCCUUGAAACACGCGCCCACUGGCCACCUCCAAACAUCUUGAAUCCCCAUCGUCAGUUCGCUCAACCAAUUGCGCUGUCGCGAACACGCGCCUCAGCCCCCGUCAAAAUGUUCUCCUACCACUGCGACCUGCAGAUGCGUACGCAACGGAACGGGAUCCCGGGCGUCGGGUGAACACCAUGGCCCAGACUUUCCAACGGCUCUUAAGCGCCACGGGAACGCCCAGCCUUGUGUCGCCGAUCGUUUAAAGGAGGUGGCCUGUGAACUGUGCCCCAGGUCGUGCCGUGGAGGUACAAUCUCUGGAUUUCUUGUCCGUCAUUUCUCGUCGUUUGUCUUUUUGGAUGCUUUGACUUAGAGCGACACCUAAUCGUUUCUGUCACUAUUGCUUGACGCAACUUCUUUACAGCGAAGACGUACGGACCGUCCUCGAGCACCAAAAAAAAUGCGCCGCUUCUGGAAGUCUUUGGCGUUGGCUGCCGCUUCUUUUUCUCAUAUCGCAUCCGCAGACCCAGAACCUUCAGCUGAACUAGUAGAACGGCAGACCACGAGCAGCAGCAAUUCGUCAACCUGGGUUUACCAGGGCGAUGUAGGUGGGGGGAACUUCACUUUCACGAUUACUGUCAACCCGCAGAACGAUGACCUCUGGUUCCGCAUGGCGGCUCCAUCUGUCUAUUCAUGGAUUGGGGUCGGAGUAGGCAGUCAGAUGAAGGACGCGAAGGUCUACUUCAUGGCAUAUCAAGGAUCAAGCUCCGACAAGUUGACCAUAUCAGCUCGGGGUCCUUGCAAUAAAUGCGAGCCCGGUUACCUUGAGGGAUUUGGUCUUAACGCAGCCACACCACCAGCAGGCGAUCCAGCGCCGUUUGGCAUAAGUAAUAGCACCUACUACUUCUCCGGAUAUGUCGCCAAUGGAACCCGGCGUGCGGGCAUCGACCCUACGAGCACCAACCAGCCGUUCAUUUGGGCCGUUGGCCCAGUCUACUACGCUCCCGAUAGUGACAAGCCCAACGCACCGUUGAGAGAGCAUUCUCUUUACGGAACCUUCCAGCUCGACAUGACCAAGGCACACGGCACCAAGCUUCCCGCAUUGGGAAUCAAGGAGAAUGGUGUAACGUUUCAGGGCACAGCAAGUAGAGACCACGACUUUGGCAGUCCAGCGCAUGCUGCGCUCAUGGGGUUUGCCUUCGUCUUCAUCCUACCACUGGGUAUCCUCGCCCUGCGCAUUCUCAACCGCGUCAAGCUUCAUAUGAUAAUCCAGGGUAUUGGCCUUGUUUUCGUGACUGUCGCCUGGCUAGACGGUUUCUACAUUUCGAAGAAAUAUCAACGUUCGAUGCACUUCAACUCUCCUCACCAAGUCAUUGGCAUUCUCGUCUACCUUCUGCUUCUUGCACAGUGGAUCACGGGCUUCUUGCACCAUCGCAAGUACGUCAAGACGCAGCAGCCUACUGUCUUAAUUAAGCCGCAUAAAUACGGUCUAGGAGCCGUUGUGCUCGGCCUCGGCAUCGUUAAUAUGGCGAUAGGCUUUCCCUUCGCCAACGCCGGCAACUACAACACCUUUUACGUACCCAUUGUUAUUGGCAUGAUCAUCGUCAUGAUCAUCGGCAUCAGCCUCAAGAGGUUCAUGAGUGGCAAGCGCAGCAAGAGUAGUGUGCCUUGGGGGGGCCCAACCGGCAGCGCGGUACCACAGACACAAGCACAAUACGGUGCUCCUAUUCAGCCGCCGCAGGCCUAUGCUGGGGUGAACCAAGGAGGCUACUCAGGUCUUCAGUAUGGGCAGCGGAACGAGGUUGAAUUGGGCCAGAUGGGACCACCCCCGGCGUAUAAUGGUGAGGCGACGAAGCCGAGAGAAUUGGUCUGAAGUUUUUUUUUCUUGAUGUUGGUGAUAUGCGUAGGGAUUGCAUCUAACGGUGUUAAUUGUAAAGGCUAACGUGACGGCGGUUGCUUUGUAAAUGCAUAUUGAAUCGAAGCCCAGAUAAGAGAUCAUGGGACAUGUCUUAAAAUUUCAGUAACGACUGUAGACUUAUGUUCAGACUGACACUAUAGUCUGGAAAAGCCACCAAAAUGGCGAAAAAAAUAUGUGUA